AUGGUGUUAGCUUCUGUCCGGUGGUGGAACGUCGCGCCGACUGAACCAGUAGGUGCUAAUCAAAAUGGUGAAAAAAAUGUUGUGCUUUUUUCUUUGGAGCAUCCGUGUUGUAUUGUUUAUGCUCGCUUAUCUUCUCUCUCUCUCUCUCUCUCUCCUUUCUUUAUUCUCCGCACAGAAGGAAGGAUGCAGAUUUUUGUUAGGUCGGCGGCCGGCAAGACCAGCGCCAUUCAGGCCUCGGCGCAGGAGACUGUCGCCAGCCUCAAGUCAAAGGCCGGUGUCUGCGAUGGCACUCUCUUCUACGGCGGCCAGUGCCUCUGCGACGAGGCCACCCUUGCCGAUUACGGCCUGCAGCGCGAGAGCACCAUCCAGGUGAUGCUUCCCGUUGAGGGCGGUAAGGGGAAAAAGAAGAAGAAGAAGGUCUUCACGAAGCCUAAGAAGCCGAUCCACCGCCAUAAGCUGGAGAAGAUGCGGGCUCUCAAGUACUUCAAGGUGACGGAAAACGACGACGGCUCCUUCAAGGUGGAGCGCACCCGGGACGAGUGCCCCAAUCCGGUCUGCGGAGCUGGAGUCUUCAUGGCUCAGCACAAGGAUCGCAAGUACUGCGGCAAGUGCCACCUGACGUACGCGGCAAAGUAA